AUGAGUGAGGGAACCUGUGAGUUGAACGACAGAGGAGCUCUCCUUACUGAGAAAGGAAACGAACUGGAAUACAACGAAAAAGCAAUUUACACCCAAUUUUACGACACGAAGGUAAAAAAAGUCUCGAUAAAAGACAAAGAAGAUGUUAUUGAAUCCUCGAGACACUUGUCUUUCGUUCGUGGUAUGUUUCUCAUAAAAUCUUCAUAUUUAAACGACAGAUGUGAAAACUUUCCAUCUGUCAUAUUUUUCUUUGAAUGUUUUUAUCGUUUGGUUUUAAAAUAGUUUGACGUGUAUGCGGGUAAAAUGGUGGUUUUUCAUCUUUUUUUUUUUUAAGGCGAAUAGACUACAUUUUAUUGAGUGCUGAUAAUCAAAAUGUUCUACGGUCAUUCAAAGUAAAAUAAGCAGUUUUUCCAGAUAAAUGGUUAAAAUCUCAGUAGCAUUGGAGUCAAUAUCUGCAAACUGCUCCGAAGCUCAAUAAAGUUAAAUAUAUUUUAAGUUGAAAGUUCUUAAAUAAAUUCAGGUGGAGCAAAAGUAGGUCAUACGGAUUUAGUACACAAAAUCUAGUAUGAAAUUUAGCUUGAAGCCAAUACUUUCAAGAUGAAUCUAAAAGCCUUCAAAUAGCUCACUAGUGCAGUCUCCAUAGGGUGACGAACCUGGAAGACGUAUUGAUUACCCGAUAAAAUGAAAAAUGAAUGAUUUCUUAUGUUUUCAGCACAACUGUCAGGCCUUCAAGGAAGAUUUAAAAGUUGUCAACUGCAAAUGUAAGUAGCGUUGGUUUGAAAGAUAUUCUUGAGAUUAAUAUCAACGACCUCGUGUUUAAAUUACAAUGAGUUGCUUGUCCUGGCUGCUUCUUGUCUCUCCGCCAAUAGUUACGGAGUCUGCCGUCCUCGCGAACCUUCGCGGACCUUUGCAAACAUUCCCGAACCUGCUUGAAAAAUUCUGAUUCUUACAGCUUCCUUGAAAGUCCUCAAAUGCUGUCAAAUUGCCAAGGAUAAUUUUUAACUUGGUUACUGCUAAAUCAAAGUGGAAAUCAUGCCUUAAAUUCCCACGAGUGACCAAGACAGAAUUUCUCCUUACAAUCACCAUACAAUAUCAAUCAGAUAGGUGAUGAAAAUAAUGAAAUAAGUUUGAGUUUUUUUUAGUUGAUCCAGCGCCAAAUUCUCAGAACUAGCAUCAUAAGAGUUGUAGGGUAGACAGUAAGGAGAAUUACUAAUGAGAUCUUGGGCACUAAAGGGUUAAGGAAACAAAAACUGCUGAAGAAGCCGAGGACACUCACUGCGUUAUUCACAAUUUCAAAUGCUGGUGUGCCUACAAAAUGCAUCGCGAAAACAUGAUAGCGUUGAGUCAUCAAUAUGGGGAGCAAUUUGAACAUAUCCAGGAAUUAGACAAAGUAAACUUCAGGAAUCCAAAAACCAUUGGAUACUCUAAAGGUGCCGCAGUAAAUUUUAACCGUUUUGGGUACGAAUUUUCAUUUGUAGUAGAGCUUCGACCAUCACUUGUAAGUCGGAGAGAUUUUAACUCACGCGAAAAUUUUUUAUUAUAAUGCUUGAGAUAAAGUGGAAAGGUGAAACUGCACUUACUUUUACAUUUCAAUUCAAAUGUUUUCAAAAUCCUCCUUUAUUUUCAUUCAACCGUUUUUAAAAUCAUCCUUUACUCCGUGAUAAACAAAUCAAUGUCUGUGCGAUUGCAUUUGUCUGUCUCAAUUUCAGGUGCGGAAUCACCAAAAGCCCCAGUUCCCCUCGGCAUGGAAAGCGGUGCUAUUUUUGACUCACAGAUCACCGCUUCCUCCAUGUUUAAUGAUAAACAUGCCGCACCGAAUGCUAGAUUACAUUUCAAAGGAUCCAAAAACCCGCUUAGACGUGCUGGCUGGGUAGCUGGAGUGAAAAACAUUAACCAAUGGCUGCAAGUGGAUCUUCAGCAAACCACAAGGGUAAUAGGCAUAGCGACGCAGGGGAGACAUGAUUACGAUCAGUGGGUUACUAAAUACAAGCUACAAUAUGGCGAUGAUGGACCAUUUUUCAGAGUUUACAAGCGAAACGGAGACAUAUUAGACACGGUAUGA